AUGGUCACAAGUUUGGCUCGAUCUCAAUCGAUAAUCGAUUGCAAAUUCGAGGACGAUUUAUGCGGUUGGACAGCUGAACUACCGUGGACCAUCUCGGAUAAGACAUUUAUCCCAAGUCCACUCAAUUUCAGUCCAAUGACCUUGAUAGGUGAUGGCGAAUUCAUCACAGCACAAGGACAUUUUGGCUCGAAUUCAAGUGCUGAUCUCAUUAGUCCAGAGUUGGAUCCGUCAGAUGCUCAUAGUAUAUUGUCUUUCAAAUAUACAAAAACUCUAGGUGACGCUAAUCUACAGAUUAUGCUAAAAGAGGGAGAUAAUUACCGUAAUCUGGACCAAAUAUCAACGAAUAUAUUGGCGUUUUGGAUACGGCGUUCAUUAGUCGUACCAAGGACAGAUCAACCUUAUCAGAUAGUCUUUCGAGUAAGUAAACUCCGAACCGGAUUCGAUUACAUAUCGAUCGAUGACAUCAUGCUUACAAAUACUAGUCCCAAAUCGAUUCUAUCAGCCGACGAAGAAAUCAGGCCUCAUCUCAUACCGAUGUCAAAAAACGUGGGACCUCGUGAAUUGAGACGAUCUCCAUCCACCCUGAAGCCCCUAGAUUUGACUCAUCGACCUCCAACGCAAUGCGCUCUUGUUAAGUGCUCAUUCAGAACUAGCGCAUGUGCUUGGACAUACGAUCGUUGGAAACUACUCAACGGGAAGAUUGUUAACGAAGGUCAAGGAGAUGCUGUGCUUAGCAGCGAACCAGUUCUUCUACCGAUGAACGCUCAUUUUGAACUGGAUGUUCUUGCCAGCGAGCUCUCAGCUGUGUCGGUCUAUCAAGUAUUCGGUUCUGAAGAGAAUCUAAUUUGGACUCAACGUGGUAUAAUUAUAGCAGGGUGGAAUCGAAUACGACUUCCUUUGAGAUUCUCUCCCAUGCCAUCUAGGCUCGUUAUCAAAACAUCCACAGCCCGAGGUCAAUUUGUUGCCAUUACGAAUACAAACAUUGUUGAUGAAAGUGGAAGAGACUUAGCUUGCGGUGGAAAUAUGCACGUUAUCCGGCCGAAAUAUGAUAAUCUCAUACGUCUUACCGCUAUUCAGAGGAUUGAUCCUGGAGAUUCGGAAACUUCUACCAAGAAGCCUAUCCUCCGCGUAUUGUCGACCACUACCCGACCCCCCGCAAGAGUUCGACCAAUUUCUUCACAUGUGGUCCGUUCCAUGCAAAAUUCCUUUUCCAUUUCCGCUCCCGCUCAAAGCGAACCGUCACCUUUUGCAGUAAUGCCAAUAUCUCCAUCGGAGGUCUCCUCAAAUCAGCAGAUUGAUCCACCCCGAACAACCCGCCCUACACCUGUUAGCCCUUCAGCUUUUAUGCCUAUCAAGAAAACCAACAUCACACUUCCAAUUAUGGGACCGGAACCUACAUUUCCUACUCCUGUUGUGGCUGAGACUAAGAGAACACCAUCUAUUCAAGACCUUAUUACUGGCAUAGCUGGGCAGCCAAUAUUUGAAGGGCAGCUGAAAUAUCUUGCCAAGAAAUUCGGCUUUGAUCGAAUGACGGGCGAACAAGCAGCGCAACGGUUAAUGCAAAUUCAGCAAGUGCUUGGAAGCCUGCGACCUCCUCCCACGAGCAAUCGAAAACCAAUUUCUCCAGUUAAUGCUAAGGAAGAGAACACUAUACCUCCCGAUUUGAUAUCGAAAUUAGCAUCCAUACUACCCUCAAGCAGCACCAUCAACGGGGCACUGACAAACAAGAUCACACAAUUUAUCGCGCCUCCGCAAAGUCAUGGCGACGACUCGAAACCAUUUUCCCGAGAUAAUAUGGAUUUUGUGAUACAGAAUGCAUACAACGCUUACAUGAAUCAAGCUCGUCCUUGA